CUUCCUUCAUGCCAUCGGGAAAUACCCGCCUCAUUGUGUCACUCUUAUCUCUGAAUCUGGUUCUGUAGCUGGUUCUGUAGUUGGUUCUGUAGUUGGUUCUGUAGUUGGUUCUGUAGUUGGUUCUGUAGCUGGUUCUGUAGUUGGUUCUGUAGUUGGUUCUGUAGUUGGUUCUGAAGUUGGUUCUGUAGCUGGUUCUGUAGUUGGUUCUGUAGUUGGUUCUGUAGCUGGUUCUGGAGUUGGUUCUAUAGUUGGUUCUGUAGUUGGUUCUGUAGUUGGUUCUGUAGUUGGUUCUGUAGCUGGUUCUGUAGUUGGUUCUGAAGCUGGUUCUGUAGUUGGUUCUGUAGCUGGUUCUGUAGCUGGUUCUGUAGUUGGUUCUGUAGCUGGUUCUGUAGCUGGUUCUGUAGUUGGUUCUGUAGUUGGUUCUGUAGUUGGUUCUGUAGUUGGUUCUGUAGUUGGUUCUAUAGUUGGUUCUGUAGUUGGUUCUGUAGCUGGUUCUGUAGUUGGUUCUGUCGUUGGUUCUGAAGUUGGUUCUGUAGCUGGUUCUGUAGUUGGUUCUGCAGUUGGUUCUGUAGUUGGUUCUGUAGUUGGUUCUGUAGUUAGUUCUGUAGUUGGUUCUGUAGUUGGUUCUGUAGCUGGUUCUGUAGUUGGUUCUGUAGUUGGUUCUGAAGUUGGUUCUGUAGUUGGUUCUGUAGCUGGUUCUGUAGUUGGUUCUGUAGCUGGUUCUAUAGUUGUUGGUUCUGUAGUUGGUUCUGUAGCUGGUUCUGAAGUUAGUUCUGUAGCUGGUUCUGUAGUUGCUUCUGUAGUUGGUUCUGUAGUUGGUUCUGUGGUUGGUUCUGUAGCUGGCUCUGUAGCUGGUUCUGUAGUUGGUUCUGUAGCUGGUUCUGUAGUUGGUUCUGUAGUUGGUUCUGUAGAUGGUUCUGUAGCUGGUUCUGUAGUUGGUUCUGUAGCUAUCUCUGUAGUUGGUUCUGUAUUUGGUUCUGUAGUUGGUUCUGUAGCUAUCUCUGUAGUUGGUUCUGUAGUUGGUUCUGUAGUUGGUUGUGUAGUUGGUUUGGUAAAGUCUGAGCUGUGA